ACAAAAAUCAUGACUACACAGCGAAAGUCAACAGCCUGCUCCUGCUUCUGUUGGCACAUCUCAUCAGCCAGCACUUUCUAUCAUACUCAGCUAUAACGGCUUGAGCGCUGCUGCCCUAGGGUACAAGGAUGAACGCAGAGGAGAGAGCUAAAAGGCUUGCACGCCUCACAAAUGGCGCACUGAAUCAAAGCUUGCCUACUGAUACCCAGUCUACGUUACCUGCAUCUAGAUCAAGCUUAAAAAGGAAACGGUCAUCAGAAGCCAAUAUUAUCGAGCAUGUGAUGAAUUCCAAGCUUGACUAUGAAGUGAUUGACCUCACAACAGACUCAGAUAGCGAGCGAACUACAGAUGGCGAAAAAGAGGACACAGAUCUGGGACCUGUCUCCACGAAGACAACUGCUAGACUGCCAGUUUCACUACAGGAAACCGUUUCAUCGAAGUUUUCUGCUCGUGUUGCUCCAGUCUCGCCAAAACCUGCAGAUCCAACGCUGCGAUUCGACAAGGGCCAAGUCUUGCUCACAACAGCUCCAAACAGACCAUUGCCAGGACACAUCUCAAUCGACGAAAUAUUUCAGCGCCGCUCAUUGAAGACGGCUGUGCUCAGCUCUUUCAGUACCGACACUGCUUGGUUGGCCUCAAAGCUCGACAUCGGCAGAACAGAAGUAGUCUUGUGUAUGCAUGCACACGAACAAGAGCACGAUCGUCACUUGAUGGAUUGUCGCAGGCUGCCUAAGUUCUCCCUCGUUUUUCCUUCACUUAAGGGCGGAAUUAGCUGCAUGCACUCGAAGCUCCAGCUCUUAUUUUAUGACACCUAUCUUCGGAUCGCUGUACCCACUGCGAACCUCGUAAGCUUCGACUGGGGUGAGGAGCUAUCAGAGUAUGGCCCUGGAUACCUUGAUAACAAUGUCUUUGUUCUGGAUCUGCCAUUCAGGCAGGUACACCAUUCAGGGGAAUUGCUGAAGACUUUUGAGAAGCGUGGGCACGUCACUUCCAAAAGCCUUCACCACACUGUCAAAGUCCAUCAUGACAUCCCAUUCCUAUUGAACCUCAUCUUGUACGUACUGCGCGCUGGAUAUCCGGAUCGCAUUCUUACACAGCUUUUAUCGCACGAUUUCAGCGGAGCCCGAGGAUUCGACUUCGUGGCCACGAUCGGCGGCUACCACUAUGGAGAAGCCAUACAUGAUUCUGGACGUCUGGCUCUAGCUCGAGCCGUCAAACGGGCAGAAUAUCCAACUGUGCAGCAACCAAGAAUAACUGCGCUUGCUUCCUCUCUUGGCUCCUUAGAUUGGCGUUUCGUCAACACCCUGGCGCAAGCUAUGAUGGGUCAGAGUCUCUCUGGGAAGGAGGCCGUCAGUCCUCAUAGCAUCGACCAAAUUGCUGCAACGUUCCGCAUAGCUUUCCCAACAAUGCAAGCAGUACAUCAAGCGUCCGCUGGAGCUGGCGUCAUCUUUUUUGCACGGAAAUGUAUUGGGGAAAAGAAGGCCAAGAAACAACAGAGUGACCAUUUCCCAGAGCCCUGUCUCUACGAAUACCAUCCAAAGAAAGCAGGAGUACUUUCCCACACCAAAGCUAUCGUUUGCGAAGACUUGGAUCGGCCCGGACAGGGACUGGCAUAUCUGGGAUCUGCCAAUUUGUCUGCGAGCGCCUGGGGCGACAAGGUAACUUUGGAUACCAAGACUAAGCAAGAAAAGAUAUUCCACCGCAACUGGGAGACUGGAGUCCUCCUUCCAGCAAAUAUGGUGACACAACGCAUCCCCAUCGACCUUUCGAGGCCAUUUAAAGUGAAUAAAGACCCAUGGGCUACUCCGAGUCGGCAAUGGUAAGUGUUCAAUGGCUGCGAUGGAUUAUCUUGGGAAGGUCGAUGACAGGAUCAGGGAAACGCUACCUGGCGGCGCGAAGCACUUUUCUUUUUCGGGAAAGGCGAUGAAUGGAGGAGGAAGAAAGCGCUCUCAUUAAUGAAGUUCG